AUGAGAAGCAUAUUGCAGAUACUGCUUUUUAUUAUCACUGGAUCGACGGUAACACAUGCUAGGAAUACCGAAAGGAAGACAAAAUGGAAUGAAAUAAUGACUAUGGCUUGUUUCCAUGAGCUUAGCACUUAUAAAUGGGACACAUCAGAAUCUCGCAGAAAAGUAUUGUGCAAUUUUUCACCUGCACUUAGCUCUUGGGUCUAUUGUUCUGUUACAAACUACAGAGUAAAAGUUUUUACUGAGGACCUGGAUCCCAUUUUCAAAUUAAUAAAUGGCGAAUGUGGCUCAAAAUGGCCUAAAGAUGAAGAUUUCAAUUUAGAUGAAAUACUGAGCUCUGCCACCAAGAACAUCAAAGAAAAAUCAGAAGUCAACGAUCCAAUCGAUUCCCCUGUAAUACCCGACUCCCUUGGCCUUCAGCGAUGGAUUAUUGCCCUGUUUGGACCUGUGGAUAAUUUAGAUAAGGGAACAAUCUUUGCUGGGCUAAUAAGUGGCUUUUGGGCCAUCAUACUUGCAAUUGGAGCCUUCUCAAAAACAUUAAAAAGGCUUAAUUUUAGAAACUCCUCAAGGAGUCCCAAUUUUGCAUGGAUCAAAGCAAAAAUUACCUCACCCCCAUUAUUUCAGAGACAUGCUGCUUAUUUCGGAAAAUGGUUUUUCAUCGGAUUGAUACCCACAAGGCUCGAAACCAUCACGAUACUGAUAUACGUGUUAUUUCACACUCUUUUCAUGACUACAAAUUAUCAUUUUGAUAAAUUGCAACUAUUUUCAACUUUGAAAAUACAAACGACGCUCUUUGUUUCUGACCGUGCUGGCAUUAUAGCAUUUGCUCAGUUACCAUUUAUCAUUUUAUCUGGUGGGAGAAAUCAUAUAGUUCAGUCAAUUACUGGAAUAAAAUUCAAAACAAUGAUUAGUUUUCACAAAUGGGCAGGCCGGUUGAUGUUCCUCGAUGUCCUUACGCAUGGUCUGGGUUAUAUUUAUCUCUCAUAUGCGGAAAGGUAUACCAAAUAUGUCUGGGAUACUCCUGUGUGGAGGUAUGGAAGACUAGGUGUCUACUCUUCCAUUGCUUUAGUGUUCUUCUCUUUCUAUUUUUUCAGGAGGCAUUUUUACGAGACUUUUCUCUUUGUUCAUUACCUUAUGGCGAUGGUUUUUAUCAUUGCUUGCUGGAAACACUGUUCUCAAAUUGGUUGGAUGGAGUGGGUCUAUGCAUCUAUAGCUAUUUGGGUACUUGAAUUUAUCGUCCGCGCCUACCGUUGCGUGAAAUUUGGAUUCCCUCAUGCAACUUUCGAGCUGUUUGGAGAUGAGUUUAUCAAGAUUACAAUCCCUAAAACAAACCACAAAUGGCUUAGUAAACCGGGGCAAUAUGCGUACAUUUAUAUUUUGAAACCUUCAAUAUUUUGGCAAUCGCACCCUUUCACUAUUCUAGAAAUAAGUGAUGAUUCGAACGAGCCAGUAAUCACAAUUAUUGCGUCAGUUAAAAAUGGGUUCACAAAAGAUCUCAAGAUGACACUGGAAAAGGAAUCUCCAAAGAGCUAUAGAGUUGCAAUAGAGGGACCUUAUGGAGAAGGAAUACCCUACCAGAAUUACGAUAAUGUCCUAUUGUUGGGUGGUGGGACUGGCGUCAUAAGCUUAGUGUCAAUUGCACUGUCGUCAGUGAAAUCUGAAAUCAAAAGCUCACCCCUCAUGAAUUUGGUUUGGUCCCUUAAAUCUGAUGAUCUACUUUCUCUUUAUCAAGCUCAGCUUUCGAAACUACUCAACCAUGGGUUAGACCUAGACGUCUAUCUAACUUCCAGUCCGCCAGUCGAGAGUUUUACUGAUUUAGAAAUGAUGGAUAUGUCAACGGCCAAGGACAAAUUAUUGAACCCCACGAGCAAAAUCCAACCCAAACACUAUGGUAGACCGGACCUCGAGAAAAUAAUCAGUGAGUUUGAAAAAAACGAUGGCUCCUUACUAAUAGUAACAUGUGGACCACCUUCUUUCGUCGAUAGCGUGAGACGUCUCACUUGCAAAAAAAUUAAUUGUAAUCCCACGAAAGUUAUCGAUUAUGAAGAGGAUUAUCAGAUAUGGUGA